AUGCCUGCCUCUGUUCAUUUCGAGAUCUCGGCCACUCAACGGGCGAUCAAGAUUAAGGGCCCCGGGAAAGCCUCCGUUGAGAAGGGAUGUCCGGUCCCCGCUUGUCAGCCUGAGGAUAUCCUGGUGCGGGUGGUCUGCGUCGCUCUCAAUCCCGUUGACUGGAAGUCUGCCGAUCUCUCGCCCAGCCCCGAUGCCACCUGGGGCACGGACUUCUCCGGAGAGGUAGUUGUAGUAGGUGAAGCCUGUCAAUCCCGCUUCGCGGUGGGUGAUUCGGUCUGUGGAGCGGCCUUUGGGAAUAACCCCGAGGAUGCCACCCAGGGCGCCUUCGCUGAGUAUGUGUCCAUUCCCGGCGAGCUAGUGUACAAGAUUCCUCCGGAAAUGUCAUUUGAGCAGGCAGCUACGGUAGGCACAGGCUUGGCUACGGCCGGUCUGACGCUCUACCAGACACUCGGUCUGUCGUGGCCCGAUCAGCCUGUCCAGGACGCACAGUAUGUUCUCGUCUACGGCGGGGGAACCGCGUCUGGGUGCUACAUGAUCCAGCUUCUUCGGCUGUCCGGCUACAUCCCCGUCACCACCUGCUCCCCGAAAAACUUUAACCGCGUCAAGCAGCUUGGGGCCGCCGAAGCCUUCGACUAUCACUCGACGGGCUGCGGCUCCGAGAUCCGCGAGUACACGGAGAACUCCAUCAAAUACGCUGUGGACUGCAUCACCGACAUCGACUCCAUGAAAUGCUGCUAUACGGCCAUCGGCAGCUCCGGUGGUCAGUAUGUGGCUCUUGACCCGUUUCCCAUCCGCGGCCACACGCGCCGAAAUGUCAAGGCGCGCUGGAUUAUCGGAUACACUAUCUACGGUCGUCCGAUUAACUGGAAGCACCCUUUUAAGCGGGAUGCGCAGCCCCAGGAUCGCGAGUUCGCAAGGAAGUGGUAUCCCGUGGCGCAGCGGCUCUUGGACAAGGGCAAACUGCAACUCCACCCACUACAACUCGAGACUGGAGGACUCCCAGGGGUGAUCGAGGGGGCUAACCGAAGCCGUAAACAUCAGGUGACUGGGGUGAAGCUUGUUUAUUGUGUCUGA